CGGUCACACUCACUUCCCCCACACGCUACGCUCGUCUCUCAAAGUACAUCCCAUAGCAUUCCCCGUCUAUCACUGUCUGACAUAUCCCUUCUCUAUGAUAAGCUCGACGGACCCUGGCCCUGGUCCUUGUGCUGCCGGCGCCUUUACUCACUCUCUUUGCUUUGAUGUGUGAGAGAUUACGGGGUCCUCGGAGUCUUCUUACUCAUUAUCUCACGUAGAUGCACAAGGUAGAAGUGAACAUCGACCUGCUGAUACCUAAGACCAUGACCAAGCUUGCUCCAAAGGAACGGUAUCCUCCUCAAUGGCAGAAUACCACAGCGCGCAAACAACACAAUGUAGGGCGGAGGGUAGUUUGUGGUUUGAUCGCCUUGGGCUCUGUCCUAUUUCUUUCCUACAGACAGCCACUGCAAUUAUUCCCUGGGAGCAGCGGUCGACCUUGGGAGUCUAUUGAACUACACAAAGAAGCUGGGUUCCAAUGGCGACAGAUCUCGCCGUCUCCGGAGCUUGAGUAUCAUGACUGCUUCGAUGGCUUCCAGUGCGCGCGCCUUGAGGUCCCCAUGGACCACCGGCAUACUGACGGAAAAGGUCGCAAGAUGGCUGUGGCCGUCGCCAGGCUUCCUGCAAAAGUUCCCGUCACAGAUCCUCGAUAUGGUGGCGCGAUUCUGAUUAACCCGGGUGGUCCUGGAGGCUCCGGAGUGGCCCAGCUCCUUAUUUCAGGUAGGAACCUGCAGACCAUUGCGGAUGCGGAUGCAGAUCCUGCGUCUGAGUUCGAUGGAUCACUGUCCGACCUUCCGAAGUAUUAUGAUAUUAUAGGGUUUGAUCCACGCGGCGUCAACAAUACCACGCCUGGGUUUACUUGCUUCCCAGAUACAUUCUCUAGACGAAACUGGGAGUUGCAAGCGGAGGCUGAAGGGAUGCUGGGAAGCGGACCGGGUUCUCUCAUACGCAACUGGCAACGAUCGAUGGCUCUCGCAGAGAGCUGUUCGCAGGUCAUAGCCACUAGCAUCAAUGGAGAAGAAGCACUGGGGGAACAUGUCAAUACGCCACAGGUGACUGCGGAUAUGCUUGAGAUUGUCGAACGUCAUGGGCAGUGGAGAGAACGCCAGGGAAAGGCUGCCCAAGCGGCACAAGAUAUGCAGCACGGCUACGAUAAUUCCCAGGCAUUUGUGGAAAGGACUAGAUGGAACAAGGGCAAGGAAAAGCUUCUCUACUGGGGUCGAUCGUACGGCACUGUCCUAGGUGCUACAUUCGCUGCCCUGUAUCCAGACAGGGUAGAACGCGUGGUUCUGGAUGGAGUGGUCGACCUUGAUGCUUACUAUCUCACUUCCAGUCCCAGCGUGCUGGCUGAUUCCGACGCAAUCUUCGAACGUUUCGCGGAGUACUGUCACACUGUUGGCUCUGAAGGCUGCCCUUUCCAUCACCCCGGCGGACCGGACGCCAUCAAGAAGGCUUACAGAGAACUUCUUUCUCGCAUUUACGAUGAACCCUUUGCUGUUCCCGCUUCACUCUCACAUGGCCCAGAGGUCAUCACGUGGACUGAUGUAAAGGUGUUGACACGAAUCGCCAUGUACCAGCCAUUGAUAGUGUUCCCAUUGUUUGCAGAAUUUCUCGCAGAGCUGAAACAGGGAAAUGGCACCAAUUUCGUUGGUUUCAAACAAGGUUCUCGAGAACCAUCUUGCUUGUCGGAUGAAUGUCUCCUUGCCGGACCGUGGUCUCGAGAAUGCAGUGUCCCAGGAGGAAAUGAAAACUACGCAACAGCAGCAAUCCUAUGUACGGAUGCAGAAAACCUGGGAAACGUUGAUAGGCAGGGAUUCAAGGACUACUGGGAGUCUCUUAAAGCAACCAGCGAAACCCUUGGUGACUACUGGGCUCAUGCCCGUUUAGACUGUGUUGGGUGGAAGGCCAAGGCCAAGUGGAAAUUCACCGGUCCUUUCGGCGCAAACACCUCGUACCCUCUGCUCUGGAUCGGGAACACUCUGGACCCCGUCACCCCUCUCCGCAGUGCCCAGAAGAUGUCGUUGAAAUUUCCUGGCUCUGUCGUCCUGCAACAAGACUCCGAAGGCCAUACCACCCUGGCAGCUCCCUCUUUUUGCGUUGCCAAAGCCGUCCGCACCUACUUUCAAACAGGGGAACUCCCAGCUCCGGGUACGGUGUGUCAGGCUGAUCUAAAGCCGCUGAUCGGAGCGUCACCAUCAUCGGUCCUGUACGCUGCCAACUUGACACCGGGGGACCGCGCACUUUAUGCUGCCAUCGAGGACGAGGUCCGAAGCUUCCGGACGGCAGGCCCUUUCAGACCACUGUGACUCUCUCGCUUCGACCCGCAAGAACUAAUGACGAUAUUUGAUACGAAGACGCCUGGAAAGGUGAAAAUUCCGGCUAGAUACAUACAGGCGAUAGGAUGCAUAUAGAAGAUAUACCCGAUCGACAGGAAAUAUAUGAUUAUUAUUGAUGAUUGAUGAUUGACCUGGUCUCUUCUGCGUGCCCGGUCUAUUCUCGGUUACCCGUAGUCUCACAUGAGCUUAAAACUAGAGCAAUCCCACGUGCGUAUAUGGGACUACCAAUAGUUGUAUUUCAG